GCACCCGAGGCUCCCGUGGGGGCAGUUACAGUAAGCCAGCCGUCGGAGCACAGUGGAGGCAGCCAAAGGUCCUGCGGCUGCCCCUCCAAGGCCCCGACUUAGCUACUAAGAAAAGUGUUUCCAGGUCGAAAUCCGAGGCCCUUCCGGUGUGCCGUUGUAUUGUUUUCCACCUUCUCUCCAGAAGGGUCUCUUGGCUGCUUUUCCUUUUCACGCAGGAUCCAGACACUUGUGAACUCUACUGCAGUGGUACCAUGUGCAUUCUCUGUUCUGUCCGUGUAAAGGGGUGAAGGGCUUUCACACUUGCCCUUUCUUUGGGGUUUAUUUGGGCUUAUUCGGAACGGUCAUGGGGAAGACACUGGCUUCCCUUGUUUUUGGUCUGUGCAUUUUUUUACUUAGUGAAGGGGAAGGUUGAUUAACAUGAAUUGGCUCUUCUUAGACUCUGUUUUCUCCUGCUGUGUAUACUGGUAGAGGAGAUGUGGCUAUGUUAGGGAAGUGAGCAGGCUUGAGAGGUCAUCAGACUGGUGGCAACACGUGUGGUCUGACUGUUCGGUUGCUUAAGAAUAAGAGACACCUUAAUAAGGAAGGAGGUGGUGCCAAUAACAUAGAAGCACACAACUGACAGCUAUGCAUUUAUGAUCCUGUCGUGAUUGGUAUAGCUACGUAAAACCCAGGUUGAGGGCAGGACCAUGUAAAAUGGAACUAGUGUCCGGCCAGGUAAAAAUGUCUUUAGUAAAAUGGAACUGGUAAAAAGGUAAUUGCCUUCUAAAGGGACGUCUGAAGGCUAAUGCUUUGUUACCAUCUGUCAUCUUAAAAGUCACAGUUGCAUGAAAAUGGAAAUAAGCUAGGCAUUUUUGCUGCCUUGGAAAAUUAGUAAGAUUUCAUGCUCAAAGCAUAUCAAGAUGGCUUGAGCACUUUUAGUUUCUUAGAAAUAACCUAAUUACCUACUCCUGGCCUCACAGUCACAGGAAAAGGCUAACAAUGCCCUCUUAUUUCCAAAAGCAAUCUCAGCCUUCUGGUUGCAGGUGAUUACCAUAGAACUGAGCUAGAGAAUUUACAUUUUUCAGAUGAUAUGUUUGUGAAACUAAUCGUGCUAUUUUGCAGGGCACUUCCUUGACACUUUGGGAUAUACUGGGAUUAACUUGUGUAAAGCAAGCAUUGUUGAGUUGAAAGUUGCUUUUAUAAAGCACAGGAUCAUGAAUAAUGUGGUGCCGAGUGUUUUAGCAGUGGAAGCUGACAGCAGAGGCAUGACCUUUCUCAUUGUGAAAAUAUGAAGUUAAACACGCUGCCAAGUGCUAUCCCCUGACAAACAGAACUUGAUGGUUUUGAAAGUAGGAAGGAGCAGUCCUGGGGAAAUACCAGUAAGAUCGCAGAGACUUCUGAAACCCAACAGCAAAGCCUAAAAUCUUCUGUAAAUCGCUUGCAAACAAAAGAGGUAAUCAGAGCAGGGUGUUCUUUGCAGUUGUGUUUCAGCUGUGGUAAAAAGAAACAAGUGAAGCAAAUAAUCCAAAAUACAGGUGGGAUCUCAUUAUGGCAGAAUCCAUUAGUGAUAAUUACAGUGCAAGAAAUAAUGGAGCCGGUGCUGUAUCCAAGACAGUAAAAUACAAAUACAGUAAAAUUAAGGAUCGUGACACCAGUGAAGUUCCCAUCAACAUUUAAUUUAUGUUAAUUGCUGGCAGAAAGGACUCCAUUUGCCGUAUUUAAUGCUCCUGAAAUAAUUCAAUCACUUUAGUGUGUAGUGUUACUUUGUAAAGUAAAACAGUUCUGCCUUCACCCUCACAGUCCACUUUGGACCGUUUUUUGGUCUGUAUACAGGAUGCAUUUUGCUUUUAGAGAAUUCCGGUCAGAAAGUCCUGACGGGAACCCAAGUAGCAUGCGUGGAAAGGAUCAACAGUAGCUCUAGAGUUCGGUCUCCCAUAGCUCAGAUGAUCAGAUCCAGUGUAAUAGGCACAGAGACUUCUAGUGUUGCAGCUUUCCUUUUUCCUUUGUCUCCUACUAUAUUGCCUUUUAAUGUAGGUUCAGUUAUGUUCUCUUGUAUUUUGAGUUUAAGUGUCAUUUUUAGUCCUAAUAUUAAUCACAAUGGCAGUAAACUCCAGGUUUUCCCGAGGUCUUACGCACUUUUAUAUGCACCGUUUUAUCCAUCGUAUGUGCAUGCGCACACAUUUUUCCCCAUUUUACUUGACCUGAGACUAACUGGAAAUAUUUGCCCGAAUGUUUAUAAGGGAGUGUUUUCUUUUAGGCUUUUCGUAAUAAAACAAAAUUUACAUAAGAGAAGUACAUGAUUCCUAAGUGUACAGCUGGGUGAAUUUCACCCAGUGAAUUACACCUGUGUAACUAGCAUGUACUGGGUAUAUAUUUAAAAAAAUUAUUUUUUAAAUUUAAGUUAUCUCUGCACCCAAUGUGGGGCUCAAACUCACGAUCCCAAGAGCAAGAGUCGCAUGCCAGCCAGGCGCUCCUGGGAGAUGGCCGGCAGGGCUCUGAAGCAGACUGGCAGCCGGAGCAUCGAAGCUGCCCUGGAGUACAUCAGCAAGAUGGGCUACCUGGACCCCAGGAAUGAGCAGAUUGUGCGAGUCAUUAAGCAGACCUCCCCAGGGAAGGGCAUCGCGCCGGCCCCCGGGCCGCGGAGGCCGAGCUUCGAAGGAACAGGCGACCCCUUCCCGCCCUACCAUCAGAUGAGCGGGGCAGCCUACGAGGGCAGCGGUCCGCUGGAGGAGGUGCCCCGGCAGUACAUGGACUUUCUUUUCUCCGGAAGCGCUCGCAGCGUGCCCGGCGGCCAUCAGCACCAGCCCAAAGGCUACGCGGCCAACCUGGAGUCCGCGGGGAUGAGCUUCCCGGUGGCCGCGCCGGCGGGCCAAGCCCUCCCGCUGCAAGGCCCCCCCUACAGGCCGCACCUGCUGGUGCCGGGGGAGCCGCUGGGCUACGGCCUGCAGCGCAGCCCCUCCUUCCAAAACAAGGAGGCGGGAGCGUACGCGAGCCCGGCCGCCAAGGGCCCCGCGGUGCAGGUGCAGGUGCAGGUGCCCCCGGGCGCCGGCCACGCGUUUCCGGCCGCGGGAGCGGCGGCCGGUCUGUACCUGCCCCACCCGCACCACAAGCAGGCCCACCAGGUGCACGUGAUGGGCUCCCGGGGCCAGGUGUUCGCCAGCGACAGCCCCCCGCAGAGUCUGAUGGCGCCCUCCAGGAACAGCCUCAACGUGGACCUGUACGACCUGAGCGGCGCCCCCGUCCAGCAGUGGCAGGCCUCCACCCUGUCCCGCCGCGACUCUCUGCAGAAGCCGGGCCUGGAGGCACCCCCCCGCCAGCACGUGGCCUUCCUGCCCGAAGGCCCGGUCCCCAGCAGGACCAACUCCUUCAACAGCCACCAGCCGCCCGUGGCCGUGCCCAUGCGGGCGGGCGUGCCCGGCAAGACGGAGCCCUCCGUGCCCUCCCCCAACACCAUCACGGCCGUGACGGCCGCCCACAUCCUGCACCCGGUCAAGAGCGUGAGGGUGAUGCGGCCCGAGCCGCAGACGGCCGUGGGGCCCUCACACCCGGCCUGGGUGCCCGCGCCCGCGCCUGCGCCCGCGCCCGCGGCCGGGGUGGAGAGUCUGGACUCGAAGGACGAGCACUCCCUGCCGCUGGGGGGCGCCGGUGCGUACCCGCUGGACGUGGAGUACGGCGGCCCGGACCUGAGGUGCCCGCCCCCGCCGUACCCCAAGCACCUGCUGCUGCACAGCAAGUCCGAGCAGUACGACGUGGACGGCCUAUGCGCCGGCGUGGAGCAGAGCCUCCGGGGGGGCCCGGCCGCCGAGCCCACCGACCGGAGCGACAAGAGCCACAAAGGCGCCAAAGGGGAGAGGCCGGGGAAGGAUAAAAAGCAGAUCCAGACCUCUCCUGUCCCCGUCCGGAAAGCCAGCAGGGACGAGGAGAAGAGGGAGUCGCGCAUCAAGAGCUACUCACCAUAUGCGUUCAAGUUCUUCAUGGAGCAGCACGUGGAGAAUGUCAUAAAAACCUACCAGCAGAAGGUCAACCGGAGGCUGCAGCUGGAGCAGGAAAUGGCGAAAGCUGGACUCUGUGAAGCUGAACAGGCGCAGAUGAGGAAGAUCCUCUACCAGAAGGAAUCUAACUACAACAGGCUGAAGAGGGCCAAAAUGGAUAAGUCCAUGUUUGUGAAAAUCAAAACCCUGGGGAUCGGUGCCUUUGGAGAAGUGUGCCUUGCUUGUAAGGUGGACACGCACGCCCUCUACGCCAUGAAGACCCUCAGGAAGAAGGACGUCCUGAACCGGAAUCAGGUGGCCCACGUCAAGGCCGAGAGGGACAUCCUGGCUGAGGCAGACAAUGAGUGGGUGGUCAAGCUCUACUAUUCCUUCCAAGACAAGGACAGCCUGUACUUUGUGAUGGACUACAUCCCGGGGGGGGACAUGAUGAGCCUGCUGAUCCGGAUGGAGGUCUUCCCCGAGCACCUGGCCCGGUUCUACAUCGCAGAGUUGACCCUGGCCAUUGAGAGCGUCCACAAGAUGGGCUUCAUCCACCGAGACAUCAAGCCAGACAACAUUCUGAUAGAUCUCGAUGGUCACAUCAAACUGACGGAUUUUGGCCUCUGCACUGGGUUCAGGUGGACUCACAAUUCCAAAUACUACCAGAAAGGGAGCCACAUCAGACAGGACAGCAUGGAGCCCAGCGACCUCUGGGAUGACGUGUCUAACUGUCGAUGUGGAGACCGGCUGAAGACGCUGGAGCAGAGAGCCCGGAAGCAGCACCAGAGGUGUCUGGCCCACUCCCUGGUUGGGACCCCAAAUUACAUCGCACCCGAAGUGCUGCUGCGAAAAGGGUACACGCAGCUCUGUGACUGGUGGAGUGUUGGCGUGAUUCUCUUCGAGAUGCUGGUGGGACAGCCACCCUUCUUGGCCCCGACUCCCACGGAGACCCAGCUGAAGGUGAUAAACUGGGAGAACACGCUCCACAUUCCAGCCCAGGUCAAGCUGAGCGCCGAAGCCCGGGACCUUAUCACCAAACUGUGCUGUGCUGCUGACCAGCGCCUGGGGAGGAACGGGGCCGACGAUCUGAAGGCCCACCCCUUCUUCGGGGCCAUCGACUUCUCCAGUGACAUCCGGAAGCAGCCGGCCCCCUAUGUGCCCAAGAUCAGCCACCCCAUGGACACCUCCAACUUUGACCCCGUAGACGAAGAGAGCCCUUGGAACGACGCUAGUGAAGACAGCACUAAGGCCUGGGACACGCUCACCUCUCCCAACAACAAACACCCUGAGCACGCGUUUUAUGAAUUCACUUUCCGGAGGUUCUUUGACGACAACGGCUACCCCUUUAGGUGCCCAAAGCCUUCGGGAGCAGACGCUUCACAGGCCGAGGACUCUGACGUGGAAAAUUCUGAUAUGGGGGAUCAGACCGAAGGGUGCCAGCCAGUGUAUGUGUAGACUCAGCUUCGCCGACGCUCUGCCUCCGCGGGGGCCCGGGGUGCCCGCGGCCGGUCUCCCCGCAGGCCCGGUAGACAGCUGAGCUCAGCCGUGUUCAAGGUGGGUUGAGUCUGGCAGUGGAAGUUCUGGUCUUCGCCAAAACCCCCAAAAGAAACAAGAAAGCUUUUUACGCGAGGACUCAAGCCUAACAGGUUCCGAAUGAUGGGGGUGGGGGGCGGGUGUCGACAUUGCUUUGAAUUGGCUUUCGAGGACGUUCACUGCAUUAAAACAAUAUUUUUAAAACUUAGUACAGUUUAGAAAGAGCACUUAUUUUGUUUAUAGCCAUUUUCCUACUAAAUUAUAGGGAUUAACUUUGACAAAUCAUGCUGCUGUUAUUUUCUACAUUUGUAUUUUAUCCAUAGCACUUAUUCACAUUUAGGAAGAGACAUAAAAACUGAAGAACAUGUGAUAAGAAAUCUCUGUGCAAUAAUGUGUAAAAAAAAAAAAAGAUAACACUGUUCUGAUAUUACUGAUGCCAUUUUAUUCACACAGUGGUUUUUGUUUUAUAUUUUUUCCCACAUUUCAAAAUUGUGAUAUAAUGUUAAAAGCUGCUUUUUUUUUUUUUUUUUUUUUGCUUUUUGCAUAUUAUAGUAUAAUAGAAAGUGUGAGCAAGGUGAUCACGUGGGUGUGAUUUCAGAUGUCUGGUAUGUAGAGAGUACUGCAUGAGCAGGGUUUUUCUAUUAUAAAAUUACCAUAUCUUGCCAUUCACAGCAGGUUCUGUGAAUAUGUUUUUACUGAGUAUCUUUAAAUGAGAUGUUCUAGACAGUGUGCUGAUAACGUAUCGUGUGGGUGACUUCUUCGCUGUGAUUGUAACCCUUACUGUUUUGUUAAAGAAACGCAGAUGUGUAACUGAGAAGCGAUCUUUGUGUGUGUGUCUUGGGGGGCAAACUUCAACACUUGUCAUAUACUAAACUCGUCCACGUCAAAAGGGAUUAAUUUAGCCAUGCCAAAAAUUUUAAGUUCGUCCUGGGACUGUGUCCGUUUCGCUCGUCCGGACACUCUCACCGGCAUCGUGGACACGUGGAACCCAGUGGCGGCGACCUACUGCCACUGAGAGGUUUCGUGACGUCGUUCCUCCUGUGAUCUUGGACAGCCGAGGUAUGGCUACCAGGAUGGAAUUUAGUUCUUCCACAUUUGUGUGUGUGUGUGUGUGUGUGUGCGUGUGCUUUGAAGUAUCAAACUUAACUGGGUUUUAGCAGUACAUUUUUCUAAUCUUUGUAAAACAGCAAGGAUUAUUCAAAGUGACAUUGGAAUAAAAAAAAAAAAUGAAGCCAUACAUAUUUUCUUAGAAGUGUAGAUGUAUAUAUAACUACAUAGAUAAACACACCAAAUAUUCCUUUUUUCAAAUUAGUAUGAUUCCUAUUUAAAGUGAUUUAUAUCUGAGUUAAAAGUUCAAUUCUUUUUUGCUUUUUAAAAACCUGACGCAUCGUAUUUUUCAUUAUAUUAUUCCACAUAUUUUUCCUCGAAGUUUUUAGCAUAACGUAUCCAUUAUUUAGUGUAUAUCUAGGCAACAACACUUACAAGUUUAUCAGUGUCUAAACUAAACAAACAAACAAAACUGUACUGGUUUACAUUGUAUGAAUGGCAAAUUCUGAAGUCUGCUGUGCUUGUACUGUGACUCAGUAUUUUCGCUAUUUUGUAGUAAAGCCCGUUAUUUACCGCGCUGACAUACUUUCAUGUGGUAGGUUCUUUCUCAGGAACUCAAUUUAACUAUUAUUUAUUGAUAUAUCAUUGCCUUUGAAAAGCUUCUACUGGCACAAUUUAUUAUUAAAAGUUUGAAUCCAAA